AACUCAUCAGCAUCUUCACUUCCUCACUUCUCAUCUCUCUUUAAAUAAUUCCAACUAUUCGCAUAACAUCUUUCAUUCACAUACUUGCCUACCUAAUUUACCAAACACAAUCAAGAUGCAGAUCAAGACUCUUCUCCCCGUUGUCCUCGCAGCCGUGGCUACAGCCAGCCCGGUAGCAAAGCCCAACUACAAGACUUCCACCCCGGAAGCGCAAUACCCAACCACCACUGAAGAAGUUCACUACCCAGCUUCUACCCCAGAAACCCACUACUCCACCACUACUGAGAAGUCCAAAUACUCUACCUCUACCCCGGUAGCCCAGUACCCGACGACCAGCGAGAAGAAGACCAAGUACUCAACUUCUACCAUGGAAACUCAUUACACUACUUCAACUCCCACCCCUGAAACUCACUACUCAACAUCGACCAUCGAGACUCAGUACCCCGUCUCCACCCCGGAAACCGUCUACACUACCUCAACCCCAGUGAUCCGAUACCCUACCUCCACUCCCGAGACCCACUACACCACCACAACGACCACCUCUCAGGAGACUACUUACACCCCGACGCCUAGCAAGAAGACCAAGCACACCAAGACCAAGGAAGAACACUCCAAGACCAAGGAAGCGCACACCAAAACUAAGGAGGAGCACUCUAAGACCAAGGAGGAGCACUCUAAGACCAAGAGGGGUGACUACCCAACCACCAAGUACCCAGCAGAGACCCCAACCACCACUUCCAGCACCGGCUACGCUACUUCCACCUCUACCUCCUCGUCCGAGGGUGGCCUUUCCAAGGUCUGCCCUGGCGGUAACACCCCUCUCUGCUGCCAAGUCGACGUCGACGGUAUCCUUGACCUGACCUGCGCCAGCCCCGGUGUUGAUCUAAACAGCAUCGAAGACUUCACUUCCGCCUGCGCCGCCGACGGACUAACCGCCGAGUGCUGUGUCCUACCCAUACUCGGCGAGGCACUCCUCUGCACCGCAGUCUAAGCAACAAAUUCUAGGAGGGAGGGGGUGGAAGAAGUUACGAACAUGACGGAUUUCCAAUAAAAAACACACAUAUACACGGCUCAUUUAUUAAUACGGUUUCGCGGCUUGGAGAACUAUUAGACGUCUUCCGAUUUGGACAUGGCGUUCGCGCCGGGGUCGGAUUUGACAACAUUUAAUUCUUAUCGUUCUUUGUACUCGGCCUCGGGUCGACAUAUUUUGGCAUCGUUGCUUUUACAUAUCAUUUAUAGUUCUAUCAGGUUUUUAGCUUCUCAUCAAAAAUUGAGCCCUCAUUUCGUUCACUCUGCCUGUGUAGCAUGUCUUUUGCUUUGUGCUCUCGUUGUUCUGAGCCCCUUUUUGGGGACCCACCUUUAACCCCUGGAAUCCCC